UGACAAAAAUUGGAUUGGGUUCUCAACCCGGUUUACAAUUGUUCCAUUCACUCUUUCUGCGAUGGGUAGGCCAUCCUCCACCAUCGAAAUCCCUCACGAACGCCACCGACCUAACACUCGCCGCACACCGGACUCCGAUAUCUCUGACGAUUAUCGUCGCCGUCGCAGCCCCAGCUAUGACUCUUACGACCGCCCCGCGGACCGCCGCCGCCGCCGUUCGGAAUCACCCCCCUUGAGAAACCCUAGACACGCCAAUGGAGCUCCCAAUGACGACGCUCUGCCGAAGAAAUUCGGUCGCCGAAACGGGGCGUAUCUGGACCGCGACCGCGGGGACUGGCAGCGUUCCAAUUCCGAGUCCGACGAAGAGUUGAAGGGUUUGAACUACGAGGAAUACCGAAGGCUCAAGCGUCAGAAGAUGAGGAAGUCGCUGAAAUACUGCAUCUGGAACGUCACGCCCAGUCCUCCGCGUCGCGACGGUGACGAUCUGGAGGAUUAUAGCAAACCUGGUGAACUCUCUGACCGAGACGACGUCGAUGGGAAGAUCGACAAGGAGGUUAAGCCAAGAGGAAAGUCGAAAUCAGAAUCUGAUUCUGAAUCUGAAAAGUCUAUCAGCAGUGAAUCAGACGAUUCGCGUUCUAGGAAGAAGAGCAGGAAGAGUUCUGCUGGUUCGUCGAGGAGGAGAUCGUAUAGCGAGAGUGGGUCAGAAUCUGAAUCAGAAUCAGUGUCAGAAUCAGAAGAAGAGUAUCGUAGACGAAGGAAGAGUAGGAGAAAUAGAAGAAAAAGAAGUAACAGGAGCAGCAGGAAGAGAAGAUAUAGCGAUUCAGAUGAGAGUGACGAGAGCGAGAGUGGUGAUUCUGAAAGCAGUGGGAGAAAGAGGAUGAAACGUUCUUCUUCUUCAAGGUCUAGUUCGAAGCGUAGCAGAAGGAGCAGAAAAGGAAAAAAGAAAACUUCUGAGACGGAAAGCGAGCGGGCUUAUUCGGAGGAGGAGAAUGGUUCUGGUUCCGGUGAUGCUGGUAAAGCUACGAUAGAUGAGGUGUUGAACACGGAGAUUAAUGCGGAGGCUAUGAAGUUAAAGGAAUUGUUCGAGUCUCAGAAGAAACCUGCUUUGGACAACGAACCCGCUGUUGGGCCAAUGCCCUUGCCGAGAGCUGAGGGGCAUAUAAGCUAUGGUGGAGCGCUUAGGCCUGGUGAAGGUGAUGCCAUUGCGCAGUAUGUUCAACAAGGUAAGCGUAUUCCGCGAAGAGGAGAAGUGGGUCUUUCUGCGGAGGAGAUUCAGAAGUUUGAGAGUCUUGGUUAUGUGAUGAGCGGUAGUAGGCAUCAGAGGAUGAAUGCCAUUCGUAUCAGGAAAGAAAACCAGGUUUAUAGUGCUGAGGAUAAACGUGCUUUGGCUAUGUUUAACUAUGAAGAGAAGGCCAAGAGGGAGCAUAAGGUUAUGGCUGAUCUGCAGCGCCUUGUGCAACGCCAUAUUGGCCAGGAUGUUGGUCCAACUCAUGAUCCUUUUGCUCCAAAAGCCUCCGAUGGUGCUGAUGCAUAAUCACUAGUAUUGAUGCUUGGUGUGUAAUCUCUUUGAUAUGCCUAUUGGACACAUGGAGGAUCACACACAGCAAAAAACAGUAUGUAACUCAAGUGUCUUUUCUGUCAUUAGGCACGUCUCUGACUUAAUCAUUUGUCUGAACAGACCUAUAUUGUAUUGUAGUGUAUGUGUUGUCUUUCGUCUGCUUCAAAAGAAGGAAACAAUCUAGUGCAUAGUUGACUCCUAAAAUUUCCAUAGUAACAGUCUAAAUUCUUUUUCGAUUGAAAGCCACAUGUAAGC